CUGAAUGCAAAUGAAUUUAAAUAAUAUAAAAUAUAAAAAACCAAUUAAAUAAAAUUAUAACAAAAAAAUUUAAUGCAAAUUUUUAAUAAAAAUGGGAGCAACCUUCAAAGAAUUCGAUUUAGUACCGACAGACUUGGAAUUUUCUAUUUAUUCGUCAGAUGAAAUAAAAUCUCUAAGUGUUGUUAAAAUUAUUACAGGAUUAACAUUCAAUCAACUUGGUCAUGCAUUACCUGGCGGAUUAUACGAUUCAGCAAUGGGAGUAAGCGGUAAGGUUUUUGAAGUUUGUCAAACAUGUAUGGGACAAUCCAACUGCCCUGGUCAUUUUGGGCACAUUGAAUUAAAUACGGUAGUCUAUAAUCCCUUCUUCAUAAAGCUAGCACAUGACAUAUUAAAAAUUUCAUGCCUCAAUUGUAAUAGAUUGCAGUUUAAAGAACAACAUUUGAAUAUUCUAAAAUUGCAACUGCAAUUAAUAGAUGCUGGUUUCGUAAUAGAAGCGCAACAAAUUGAUAUUUUCAAAUCGGAAGUAGUUCUGGCAGCAUCAACAGAGAAAAAUGUGAAAACAGAAAGUGGGACGGAAAUGCAUCCCGAAAUUGCUAAAAUGCAUGAAAUUUUAAAUCGAGGAGAAACAAAUAAAAUUAAUUGCACUAAAACUUCAAAUGAGAUUAGGUCCCAAAUCAUAAAUGCAUUCUUACAUAGUUUUGCGGGAAACAAAUGCUUAUAUUGUCAUAACCCUUUAAGAAAAAUUAGAUUUGUAUAUCGUAAACUAAUGAUAUAUAUGCCGAAAACCGAACUUAGAAAUUUAAAGGAAACUGAGGCAGGAAAUAAUGAAGAUAAAGGUAAAGACAGUUCUUCACCAAAUAAAGUGGUUUUUGCUAAUGAAUGUCAAGAUUACCUGCGAAAAAUAUUUAAAGAAAAUUCAGAAAUCCUUCAAGAAAUAUUCCCAAUUUUCAAAAUUGCUUCAAAUUCGCUGUACAGUCCUGUUGACAUAUUUUUCAUGGAUACUAUUCUCGUUACACCACCGAGUGCAAGACCUUGUAAUUAUCUACAUAAUGAAAUAGUUGAACAUCCACAAACAGCUGUCUAUAGGUCAAUUUUAGAAUCAAAUAGCGUUUUACGUUUAAUAAUGUUAAAUAUACAAAAGGGUGAAGAGGAAUUAAAAGACGAAGCUAAAGCUGUAUAUCAAAAAGCUCAAGGUUCAAAUGCGCAUGAAAAACUCUACUAUGCUAUUCAAGAACUUCAAACUUGUGUUGAUCAACUGCUAGACAUAAAUUUGGGUCGUGAAAAUACAAAAUCUUUCGGUUUGAAACAAGUUUUAGAAAAGAAAGAAGGACUUAUUCGAAAACAUAUGAUGGGAAAAAGAGUCAAUUAUGCUGCUCGUACAGUUAUCACUCCUGAUCCUAAUAUUAAUGUUGAAGAGCUUGGAGUUCCAGAUAUAUUUGCAAAAAAAUUAUCAUACCCUGUUCCAGUGACUUCAUGGAACUGUUCUGAGCUUAGAAAAAUGGUUAUAAACGGCCCCGAUAUUCAUCCUGGUGCGAAUUACAUCGUAGAUCCGAAAGGACAUAAAAUUUUAAUUCCAGCAAAUGAUCCAGCAAAACGGGAAAGUUUGGCCAAAUUACUUUUUAGAAAUCCAGAAAAUGGUAUUAGUGUAGUUCAUCGCCAUUUAUUGAAUGGUGAUAUCAUGUUACUUAACCGACAACCGACACUUCAUCGACCAAGUAUCAUGGCUCAUAAAGCCCGAAUAUUACAGGGAGAGAAAACAUUUCGAUUGCAUUAUUCUAAUUGCAAAGCUUAUAAUGCUGAUUUCGAUGGUGACGAAAUGAAUGCACAUCUUCCACAAAGUGAAGUAGCUAGAGCAGAGGCAUAUGGUUUGGCCAACGUGGCUAAUCACUAUUUGGUUCCAAAAGAUGGAACUCCCUUGGGUGGAUUGAUUCAGGAUCAUAUAAUAUCGGGAGUAAAACUGUCUGUGCGUGGAAGAUUUUUUAAUCGUGAAGAUUAUCAUCAACUGGUAUUCCAAGGGUUAUCCGAUUUAAAGGGAGAUAUUAAAUUACUUCCUCCAGCUAUUAUGAAGCCGAUACGUCUCUGGUCUGGAAAACAAAUUCUUUCAACAAUUAUUCUUAAUUUAAUACCGGAGGGCUACCCUGGAAUAAAUCUAACUUCAUCCGCCAAAGUAGGAGCUAAGCAUUGGAUUACAGCUCCGAAACACGACUGGAUACACGGAGGGACACCAUUAAAAGAUAUUGAAAUGUCUGAAAGUGAAGUUAUAAUUCGCAACUGUGAACUUUUAGUUGGAAUUUUGGAUAAACAACAAUAUGGAGCUACAGAAUUUGGUCUUGUGCACUGUAUGUAUGAGCUUUAUGGCGGACACGUUUCCAGCAGUUUGUUGACUUCAUUUACAAAAUUAUUUACUGUAUUCUUACAAAACGAAGGCUUCACGCUUGGAGUUAAAGAUAUAUUAGUGACUCCGGAAGCAGAUAAGAAACGACGAAAAAUUAUCAAAGAAAGUCGUCAAGUGGGAAUGUCAAUUGUAGCCGAAGCGUUAGAAUUGCAAGACGUUCCUGAUUUAAGUGAUUUAGCAAGCAAAAUCGAAGCAGCAUAUCUGGAAAAUCCUAAGUUUAGGACUAUAUUAGACCGAAAAUAUAAAUCCAUAUUGGAUGAAUAUACAAAUCAAAUCAAUCAAGUUUGUCUACCAAAAGGCUUAAUAAGUCAUUUUCCUUUCAACAAUUUGCAAUUAAUGGUAUUAUCCGGGGCUAAAGGGUCUAUGGUAAAUACUAUGCAAAUUUCAAGCUUGUUGGGGCAAAUCGAAUUGGAAGGUAAAAGACCGCCGUUAAUGAUAUCGGGAAAAUCAUUACCAAGUUUCCCAUCAUUUGAAACAUCCCCAAAGUCAGGAGGUUUUAUUGAUGGAAGAUUUAUGACCGGUAUCCAACCUCAAGAUUUUUUCUUUCAUUGUAUGGCUGGUCGAGAAGGUUUAAUCGAUACUGCUGUAAAAACAAGCCGAUCAGGUUAUUUGCAACGUUGUUUAAUAAAACAUUUGGAAGGAAUCAAUGUUAGUUACGACUUAACAGUUCGGGAUAGUGACAAUAGUGUCGUACAAUAUUUAUAUGGAGAAGACGGGUUAGACGUAUCUAAAUCACGUUAUUUAAAUUUGAAAUCAAUUAAGUUUCUUGACGAAAAUGCAGCAGCAAUACUACAUCGUGCUCAAAUAAACAAUCUUGAAGAUGAAAACUCUUUAGAAAAGAUUCAUAAACAUAAUAAAAAAUUAAAAUCUUGGCGAAAAAAGAAUGGUAACCCAACAGAAAAACGAAGAUGUUCAAGUUUUCAACAGUUUUCUUCUGAAUUACGUGAAGAAAUUGAAAUGAAGAAACCCAAUAAAAUGUCAAAAAAAUCAGGUCGCUUAAAUAUUGAUGCAAAAUUAGUAGAACUUUGGAAAAAAGCAGAUAAUAAAGACAAAUAUCAUAAAAAAUAUUCUCAUUGUCCCGAUCCGGUAAUAUCAAAAUAUAAACCAGACAAUUAUUAUGGAGCAAUAACUGAAUAUGUGGAGAAUUUAAUGAAUACAUAUCUUCAAAAUAAUCUGGAAAGAAAGUCAACAAUUCGUGAUGUAUUUUAUACCAAAAAUAUAACAUCAAUAGUAGAACCUGGAGAACCUGUGGGUUUAUUGGCAGCUCAAUCUAUUGGUGAACCUUCAACUCAAAUGACAUUGAAUACAUUUCACUUUGCUGGUCGUGGUGAAAUGAAUGUUACAUUAGGUAUACCACGUUUAAGAGAAAUUUUAAUGUUGGCAUCAUCAAAAAUUAAGACUCCAUCAAUGGAUAUACCAUUCUUAAAAAAUCGAACUAAAAAAGCAGAAAAGUUACGAAUAAAAUUAAAUCGUGUAACAUUAUCUGAAGUUUUAGAAAGUAUCAAUGUAAAAAUUCGUCUAAUUUUAAGACCAGUUAGAGUUUAUGAAUAUAAACUGAAAUUUUCCUUCUUACCAAAAGAAGCUUAUGAGGAUGAAUUUUGUGUUAAACCUAAGCAAAUCUUAAAAUUUAUGGAUGAACAUUUCUUCAAAAUGAUGUUCAAGUUAAUUAAAAGAAAUCGAUACAGCAAGGAUUUAAUUGAAAUUUCUACUGAAACUGAAAAUAGUAAACAAAAGGAUGAUGAUAUUGACGAACAAGUAGCUGACAAAGAUGAUCAAAAAGGAUCAAAAAAUGCUGGACCAGCAAUAGAAAUAGAUGACUCUUCUGAUGACGAUUUUGAUGAAGAUGAUGCGACUGGUGUUAAAUUAAAAGCUAAAAAGCAGGAUGAAAAUGAUUAUGAAGAUCCAGAUGAAGUAGAAGAAAUUGAGGACGCAGAUUAUAAUGAAGAUAAUGAAUCCGUAAAUCUUGAUAAUGAAAAUGACAAGAAUGAAAAUGAAGAUGACGACAACAAAGAGGAAUUUAUAGUGACGAGCAAUGAAAUGGUCAAAAAUUAUAUAUAUGAUAAGGAAAACUAUAGAUGGUGCCAGUUAACAUUUAACCUUGCAAUGAAAGACAAAAUUGUCGAUAUUUCAACAUUAUUAAAAAAUUUAGCUGAAAAAUCAGUUGUUUAUGAAGUGCCAAAAAUUAAAAGAGCCAUUACAUACACAAAUAAUGAUGAUUUAAUAUUAAAAACCGAUGGAAUUAAUAUUGUUGAAAUGUUUAAAUAUAAUCAAAUAUUGGAUUUAAAUCGUUUAUAUUCAAAUGAUAUUCAUGCUAUUGCAAAUACUUAUGGUAUUGAAGCUGCAACUAGAGUUAUAGUUAAAGAAAUACAAAAUGUAUUUAAAGUCUAUGGUAUUACUGUUAAUCCAAGACAUUUAUUAUUGGUAGCUGAUUAUAUGACUUUUGAUGGAAUAUUUAAACCAUUAAGUCGUAAAGGAAUGGAAUUUUCAUCAUCACCCUUACAACAAAUGUCAUUUGAAUCUUCUUUGAAAUUUUUAAAAGAUGCUGCUAUAUCUGGUCGCACUGACGAAUUAAAUUCACCAAGUAGUCGACUUAUGGUUGGUUUACCUGUUAAAAAUGGAACUGGAUCAUUUACUUUAUUAAAUAAAUAUGUU